AUGGCGUUUAUUCCAACUCACGAGGACCCCAUCAACUUGGAUGACAGCUUUAAUGGUGAUGGAGCAGGGGACAGCAAUGACCCAGAACAAAUCUUCCAGAAUAUACAGUUCCAGAAAGACCUCAUGGCAAACAUCCGAUGCAGACCCUGGCCCAUGGGACAGAAGCUGAGAGCACUGAGACGAGCAAAGGAGAUUGUGCUGAAGUUUGAAGGGAGACUAACCAGAACCCGAGGCUACCAAGCAGCCGGUGCCGAGCUCUGGCGGAAAUUCGCUCGUCUCACCUGUAACUUCAUGGUCACCUUCAUCCCCUGGGAAAUGAGGAUAAAGAAAAUUGAGAGCCAUUUUGGAUCUGGUGUUGCCUCCUACUUCAUAUUCCUGAGAUGGUUGUUUGGAAUUAACAUUGUGCUUACCAUAAUGACAGCUGCUUUUAUUGUCAUUCCAGAGCUGAUUGCAGGCCAGCCCUUUGGAAGCAUUGCCAGCAAGACCAUCCCCAAGGAACAUAUUGCAUCUGCUCAAGACCUGGACACCAUCUGGUCCCUGGGGGGCUACCUCCAGUACUCUGUCCUCUUCUAUGGCUACUAUGGCAGGGAGAGGAAGAUCGGGAGAGCGGGCUACCGGCUGCCCUUGGCGUAUUUCCUGGUGGGGAUGGCAGUGUUUGCUUAUAGCUUCAUAAUUCUUUUAAAAAAGAUGGCGAAGAACUCCCGAACAAGCCUUGCCAGUGCUUCCAAUGAAAACUACACUUUCUGCUGGCGGGUGUUUUGUGCCUGGGACUACCUCAUUGGAAACCCAGAGGCUGCAGAGAGCAAAACAGCAGCCGUGGUGAACAGCAUCAGGGAGGCUAUACUGGAAGAACACGAAAAGAAGAAAAGCAAAAAUCUGGCAGUGACCAUUUGCCUGAGGAUCAUUGCCAACAUCUUGGUACUCCUCUCACUGGCUGGGAGCAUCUAUCUCAUCUACUUCGUGGUGGACCGGUCCCAGAAGCUGGAGCAGUCCAAGAAGGAGCUAACACUUUGGGAAAAAAAUGAGGUGAGUGUGGUGGUCUCCCUUGUGACAAUGUUGGCUCCAUCAGCCUUUGACCUCAUCGCUGCCUUGGAGAUGUACCAUCCACGAACCACACUGCGCUUCCAGUUGGCAAGGUACAUUCACUCUGUCGGGAACAUCCACACUGUGGUCCCCAUCUGCCCAUUCACACAAGGAAUGCGAGUCACGGAAGCUGCUACCAAAAAUAACGCAAGUAACUGGAUGGACUCUAUCACCUUCUCUGCCCCCAGAACUGCCCCUGAAGAAGACUCAUGGCCCACGCCUCAGCCUGGGAUAGGGAGCAGGAAAAACAGCACAUGGGUCUUGGAAGGGGCCCAUGCCUCAACUCUCUUCAUGUCCCUCCCAGAGGCCAACAGGACGACCCCCCUCACCCAGAGUCCACAAGACCAGUGCUGGGAAACAUACGUCGGGCAGGAGAUGCUGAAACUGUCCAUCAUCGACAUGCUCUUCACCGUGGCCAGUAUCCUACUCAUAGACUUCUUCCGAGGACUUCUCGUUCGCUAUUUGAGUGACUUCUGGUGUUGGGACCUGGAAAGCAUGUUUCCGGAAUAUGGGGAAUUCAAAAUAGCAGAGAACGUGCUUCAUCUUGUCUACAAUCAAGGAAUGAUUUGGAUGGGAGCCUUCUUCUCCCCAUGUCUUCCCGCAUUCAACGUUCUCAAACUGAUUGGGCUCAUGUACCUGCGGAGCUGGGCUGUGCUGACCUGCAACGUGCCCCACCAGCAAGUGUUUCGAGCGUCUAGAUCCAAUAACUUCUACUUAUCAAUGCUCCUGUUUAUGCUUUUCCUGUGCAUGCUGCCCACCAUGUUUGCUAUUGUCCGGUACAAGCCCUCUCUAAACUGUGGCCCAUUCAGUGGACAAGAGAAGAUCUAUGACAUCGUGUCAGAGACAAUCGAGAACGACUUUCCCGUGUGGUUCCGCACCGUGGUUGGGUACAUCAGCAGCCCUGUGGUUAUCCUGCCUGCAGUACUGCUGCUUUUCAUGCUGAUCUAUUACCUGCAGAGCAUCGCAAGGUCCUUAAAGCUCAGCAACCACCAACUCAAAAUGCAGAUCCAAAAUGCACGAUCUGAAGAUAAGAAAAAGGUUGCCCAAAUGGUAGAAGCUCGAAUCCAGACCCAGGAGGAAAGCAUCAAGAGGCUUCCAAAGGACAAUGAUAUAGUCAGUUACCUGUCCUCUGUUCACUCCGCCACACCCCAACACAAUGGAAGCGUGGUCAAUUUUGACGUGGUCAAUUUUGAUGCACCAAACAGCCACAGUGGCAAUAUAGAGACCAUCAGCCAACCCGUGACCCAGAGUCCCAGGACAAGACACUGGAGUCUCAGCUCACCUCUUCCCGGCAUCGCCAAGCCUCGGCAGGCAUAUGACACUCACAGGGACCCAUGUGAUCCAUGUGGAAGCACAGGUGACAUUCGCAAGAACAGACCCUACACCCCCGUGAUGUUUAAGAAGCAGGUGGGAGAUGCUGCUCAUUCUGAGCCACUUUAUCGAAAAGACUUUCGGCAAAGUAGCCCUGCUCUCCACAGACCAGGGACCUCAGGCUUGGUGGCUCGUGGCCGUGGGUCUCAUGCUCCCAGAUACUAUAACAUGAAUGAACGUGACUCUCACAAAAAGUCCCACCCAGUCUUCCGGCCAGAAAGACAUUUCAAGAUAAAUGCUUCAGGUGACAUUGUAGAAAUGUACUCCAGAAAUUUGCGACAAUAUGUGCCCUGGCUCCCUCACCAGCCUCGCUCUCCACAGCUGAGUGAGGAAGAGGAGGAGAUGCUGAGGAGAGAUUUGAUCAAGCAGUCUUUGCACCCACGUUCCCUUACAGACCUCCACUGGGCUCCUCAGUUUUAUGCCGGUGAAAAGUCACUAAGUCAGAGUCUAACUCCCGCAGACCAAGAAAGAAGACAUUGUAAGUCUUGGAAUGAUGGUUUUGAGAGUUAUCUGGACAGGUCAAUGUAUGUGCACAAAAAGCCACGCUCCAGGCAUAUCCAAUACCCACAGUACCCUCUGAAGCCAAGAGUGAAGUCCAAGUGUGAGCCAUCCCUCACAGAAUCUGACUCCAUGUCAGCAGCGUCCAGUAGUGACCAGCAGAACAGCAGCACUGACCAGUACCUUCAAGUCACCCACCAUCAAACUAAGAUCCCAAGAUCUGUGGGCCAACUGGCCAGGAGGAAGGCCAAAUCUAGGCAGGAGCUGACCACAGACCUGAAUGACCUAAUUUGUUCAAAUGUCUAA